AUGGUAGAAUCCGUUGCGACAGCAGGCCCUUCAUCAAGCGUCAGGAGGACCUCGCCGACGGCACUGCGACCUCUGAAAGCCGAGCUCGGAACCUUGGCUAGAUCGGACGCCAGCGCCUCAUUCUCCCUAGGCUCCGUCAUCGUCGUCGCUUCGGUCUCGGGGCCGACAGAAGUGCGCAUCCGCGACGAGCUCACAGAUCGCGCAACGCUCGAUGUUAUCUAUCAGCCUCAGCAUGGUGUUGCAGAGGCACAGGGGAUCGUGUUGAGGCAGAACAGCCACAUGGCCGAGAUCUCGCAAUCGCAGUUGGCGGGUCUGGUUCGCCAGUACAAGGAGGAACAGGGCGAAAGCGAUGACAUCGAGGUGGACGACGAGCUAGAGUCCAACGGCAGAAAGCGCAAGAAGCGAUACAGCGGAAACACCGUGGUACUGUUGGACCCAACGCCGUUGGAGCUCGACUAUGCUCUCAGCACACACGUAUUUGCAUUUGCAUUUUCGCAAGCUCUCGACGGAGAAGAAAAAGAAGCGGCAGCACACGAGGUGUCGGAGCAGAUCCUGGCCGAAUCGCAGGGUGCCGUCGACUUGGCAGAUCUGGAACGCGCUCAUGAGCUGUGCUUGAGCGGUUCGUCUGCCGUGGUUGGCUUCAUGCGAGCGGCGCUGCAGAAACGGAUCUUGUCGCAGACCCAAUGA